AUGGACCUCCGCCAUGCGCUGAUGUUCCUCUGCCUCGCUGCGCCGCUCUGCAGAUCGGACAGUGAUCUGGCCGACCCCCUGCCUCUGGAGCCCUAUGAUUUCCUCUUCGACGCGGCGGUGGAAGCCUACCAGAAGGCGGACUGGUUGUCGGUUAUCCUCAACAUGGAGAAGGCGCUCAGGAACAAAGCUACGGUCCGCAAAGUGAAGGCUGAGUGCCGGCUGAGCUGCGCCAACCAGACCGCUUUCAGCGAGCCCUUGGCCGGUUUGGGAGUCCCCGUUCCCGGGACUGGGUCUGUGGAGGAUCUGGGCUUCUUCCAGAAGAUCCUGAAACGGGCUGAUUGUGUGAAAUCCUGCGAGACUGAGAAGCUCGGAUCACCAACUUUGCACCAAGUUGGUGAUGAAGUAGAACUGGAGUUCAAGAAAAGGACUCCGUAUAAUUACCUACAGGUCGCUUAUUUCAAGAUCAAUAAACUGGACAAGGCGGUAGCGGCUGCCAACACCUUCUUCCAGGCCAAUCCAGAUCACAUGGAGAUGAAACAGAACCUGGACUACUACAGGAUGAUGGCAGGAGUCCAAGAGGAGGACUUCAAAGAUCUGGAGGCCAGGCCGCACAUGGCGGAGUUUCUGCUGGGGAAGAGCUACUACAGCGACGACUCCUUUGGCCUGGCAGCCCAGCACUUCGAGGCAGCUGUCGGCGAGUACUUCACGGCCGAUAAGGAGUGCAGGGCUCUGUGUGAGGGGUCUUACCGCUUUGAUGGGUACAACUACAUGGAGUACAGCGCAGACCUGUUCCAGACCAUGACAGACCACUACCUGCAGGUCCUGAGCUGCAAGCAGCACUGCUCCGUGGAGCUGGCCUCGGCCGCCAGCAGAGACCAGCCCUUCCCCGACUUCUUGCCCUCACUCUUCAACUACCUGCAGUUCUCCUACUACAACAGUGAGAAAUACAAGCAGGCCAUAGAGUGUGCAAAGACCUACCUGCUGUUCCACCCCGACGACGAGGUGAUGAACCAGAACCUGGAUUAUUAUUCUGCCGUGCUGGGAGAAGACCAAGCCAAGACCACAUCAGCCAAAGAGGUGGUCAAACAGUACAUCCAGCAGUCCGUACUGGAGAAAGAGCUGCUCUACUUUGGAUACGAAGCCUUCGGGAUCACCUUCGUAGAUCCGGACACAUGGACUCCUGAAGACGUCAUGCCCAAGAGACUGAGAGACAAACAGAAGGCCGACAGAGAGACUGCAGCCAGGAUCACGGAGGAGAUCGGAAACCUCAUGAAGGAGAUUGAGACACUGGUUGAGGAGAAGAAGAAGGAUUCUUCGGAUAUGGCCAAGAUUAUUGCACCACUAGAAGGUGGUGCUGUGUUGUAUGACGGCAUCAAGGUGGCCAUGAUGUCCAAGCAGCUGAACGGCUCUCAGCGGGUUCUGCUGGACGGGGUCACCACCAAUGACGAGUGCAGGGAGCUGCACAGUCUCUCCAACGCAGCUGCUCUGAAAGGCGAUGGUUACAGCGGGCGCCCCUCCCCGCACACACCUAGUGAGAUGUUCCAGGGAGUCACCAUCCUGAAGGCUGUCAAGCUGGGACAGGAGGGGAAGGUUCCUCUGAAGAGCGCUCGUCUGUUCUUCGACCUCGGUGAGAAAGUGAGGAAGGUUUUGGAGUCGUACUUUCGUCUGGAGUCUCCACUCUACUUCUCUUAUUCCCACCUGGUGUGCCGCUCCGCCAUCGAUGAGAAGCAGGAGGACCGUGAGGACCUGAGCCACCCUGUUCAUGUGGACAACUGUGUUCUGGUUCCUGAGCGGAGCGAGUGUGUAAAAGAACCUCCGGCGUACACACACAGAGACUACAGCGCCAUCCUUUAUCUCAAUGACGACUUUGAAGGAGGAGAGUUCAUUUUCACUGAACUGGAUGCAAGAACAGUCACGGCUGAGGUGCACCCACGAUGUGGCCGUGUGGUUGGCUUCGGAGCAGGGAAGGAAAACCCUCAUGGAGUCAGAGCUGUCACCAAAGGUCAGAGGUGUGCUGUUGCACUGUGGUUCACCCUGGAUCCUGCUCACCAAGAAAAGGAGAGAAUCCAAGCUCAGGAUAUGCUGAAGAUGUUUUCAACCCCCGUGAAUGAAGAAUUCAUCCAAAUGGAGACAACGGACACUUCGGAGUCUCAGCCAGUAGCAACAGAAGCUCCUGCACCAGCUGACCAGGCAGAAACCAAACAAGAGGACGUGCCAUCAGAUCAGAAGCUGGAAGCAGCAGCUGAUAAACCAGCCGAGACCCCAAAGGAUGCAGCCGGGACGAAACCGGUUACCAAAGCAGCUACUAAGGCCAAAGCUGCGCCUAAAGUAAAGACCAAAACAGUGGAUAAAGUUAAACCUGCUGGUAAAAAAGAUGGAAAACAGAUGGUUAAAACACAAACCGAGCAGGCAGGUAAAAACGGCACAAAGCCAGCCACAAAACAGACUAAAAAAGUUGCAUCUAAGAAGGAUUCCUCAUCGGCCUCAGACUAUCAGAGCGCCAAGGACGAGCUGUGACCAGACCAGCUGUGUCCCACUGUCUAUUUUAUGGUUUAUUUUAUGUUUUUACAAGGUCUUCUCUGUGGAUGGUUGAAUAAAAACAUGGGUUUGGGUACUAAGGUAAACUUUAGUCGUUGGGGUCCUGGGACAGUCUGUCCACAUGCUACAAAUCAGUGGAGCCAUUUUUUAUUUGGGAAUUGUUAUAUUGAGAGCAUCUACUGUAUUUCACCUUACCUUUGAACAAACCUCUUAUUUUUUGCCUGAUAUGUGUGAUGACAUGUUUUAAAUCCAGCAAAGACGUGUUGAAAUGAGCUGAGUGCAGUCUCUCCAGCCAGCUGUGCGAGUAUAAAAUAAAAGGAGACGUUUUUAUA